AUGCGUUAUGGACAAUCAAUUGAUUGUCGAGAAGAUUAUCAUAAGAAUAAUGAACAAUAUGGAUAUAUAAUUAAUUCAACAAAACGAUUUUUACAUAAUAAUCGUAUAUUAUUUUUUUCAUCAUGGAAUAUUUAUGUUUAUCAGUUAGGUCCAUUUUGGCCAACUGAUUAUCCAAUUAAACAUGGAACACUUUCAAAUUUAUCACGAACAUUUAAUAUAAAAAAUUCCAAAGAAUAUUAUCAAUUUUUAGGAAUAAAUAAUCGACAAACAUAUGAUAAUCAACCAGCUAUUUAUAAAUAUCGAGAUAUAUUAAAACAUCCAAUUAUUGUUUAUGAUAUGGAUAAAUCAUCAAGAAAUCAACAAAUAAAACAAUCUGAUAAUGAUCAAAUAUCUCCUCAAUUAAUAUUUGAAUCAAGAUUUGAAGGUGGAAAUUUACGACAAGUUAGACGUGUAGGACAAUUUGAAUAUGAACUUAUUCUUCGACCUGAUCUUUAUACUCGAAGACAUACACAAUGGUAUUAUUUUCGUGUACAAAAUAUGAUUGCUAAUAUAACUUAUCGUUUUCGUAUUAUUAAUUUAAUGAAAAAAAGUAGUUUAUAUACUGAUGGUAAUUAUUUAUUAUUUUAA